GAGGUGCAUACCUAGUCGACUUGGAGCUGGAUUCAGUGGGUUGAACCACCUGUCCAUUCGACUCUGCCCGAGGCUGUCUACUGCAACUUUGCCCUCCCUUUCUCAAUCGCAGCGCGGCUCGGGUUUCUAGCUCAAGGUAGCCUCGCCUUGACGUAUCUCCAACACCCUUCGUCAUCUAGUUCAUGUGGACACAUUUCCAUUGACCAACAUUUGCUGUCCUUGAACCCCUCGCUACCUAACGCCACGCCACCUGUUGCGUACAUCCAAAAAGCCGGCAUUGGCCACGCUCGACCAAAUCGCAUUCCCAACAUCAAUCUUUCCCAUCCAUCGCAAAGCCACAGCUUGGAUCCUAGCCCACCCAAAGACUAUCGAGCGCAACCUCGUCCUUGCCCCGACCGCCCACCAUGUCGGCGCCGAACGACGGCUACGGCCAAUAUCCCCCGCAGCAACAACCUUACUCCGACCAGCCUCAGGACGGCUAUGAUGCACAGGGAGCUCAAGCUGCCCAGCCAGCUGUAGCCGACCAAGGCAAGAAGAAGAAGAGAGGCUAUGCCACCCAAGCUUAUGAGUUCGGAGCCGGCGCCAACUCCAACACGGGCGGCGCACCUGCUCAAGGACAGCAAUAUGGCAUGCCCCAGCCCCAGGCCGCGGCUUAUGGUGGCUAUCCCGCACAGGAUGCUCAGCCUGCUGCCGCCGCCUAUGGCUCGCCUCAACCCCAGCAGUACGGCAUGCCCCAGCCUCCAGCUGCUCAACCCGGAGGCUACGGCGCGUAUGCGGCCCCCGAUGCCGGAUAUCCUGCGUCCGGCCUUGCCCCUGCGGCUCCCGGCGUUGGCGGCCUCAACCAGCAGAUGGCCGGUAUGAACCUCGGCGGCCAACAAGCCCAGCAGCAACCUCCUCCUGGCCAGGCCGCUCGUCCCGUGGCCCUUAACCAGCUCUACCCUACCGACUUGAUGAAUCAGCCGUUUAACGUGUCCGAGCUAGACUUGCCCCCUCCUCCCAUUAUCCUGCCUCCCAACACUAGCGUAACCCCCUCCCCAGAUGCGAACUGCGGUCCUAAAUACGUACGCUCCACCCUCAACGCCGUCCCGACAACACACUCCCUUCUCAAGAAGUCGAGGUUACCCUUUGCGCUGGUUAUCCAGCCUUACGGAGCUCUCCACGAUAGUGAGGACCCGAUUCCCGUGGUGCAGGACCAGGUCAUCGCGCGUUGCCGACGCUGCAGAACAUACAUCAACCCUUUUGUUACCUUCCUGGACCAUGGACACCGUUGGCGUUGCAACAUGUGCAACCUGACGAAUGAUGUUCCUCAAGCUUUCGACUGGGAUGCUGCUUCGCAAAGGAGCACUGAUCGCUGGGGACGCUACGAGCUCAACUAUUCCGUCGUCGAGUUUGUCGCGCCUCAGGAGUACAUGGUGCGCCCGCCUCAGCCGCUGGUCUACCUGUUCCUCUUCGACGUGAGCUAUGCUGCUGUCUCAACCGGCCUCCUCGCGACCAGUGCCCGAACCAUCCUGGAUAGCCUCGACAGAAUACCUAAUGCUGAUCGCCGAACUCGCCUGGGAUUCAUUGCCGUAGACUCCAGCCUGCACUACUUCUCGGUCCCCAAGGAUGGAGAAGAGAAUACGGAGACCAGCAUGUUAGUCGUCAGCGACUUGGACGAGCCAUUCCUGCCGGUGCCUCAAGACCUUUUGGUGCCCCUGACUGAGAGCCGCCAGAGCAUUGAGAGCUUCCUGACCAAGCUGCCCGAAAUGUACCAGAGCAACCAGAACAACGGAUCUGCCAUGGGAUCGGCCCUUCGAGCUGGCCACAAGCUGAUUUCGGCUCUCGGCGGAAAGAUCGUAGUGCUCAGCGCUUCGCUGCCCAAUGUUGGCGUUGGUAAGCUGGACAUGCGCGAAGACAAGAAGUUGCUGGGUACAAGCAAGGAAAGUAGUCUGCUUCAAACUGCCAACAGUUUCUACAAGAGCUUUGCUGUAGAAUGCUCAAAGAACCAGGUCUCCAUCGACAUGUUCCUGUUCUCCUCGCAAUACCAGGAUGUUGCCUCUUUGAGCAACUUGCCCAGGUACACUGGUGGACAGACUUGGUUUUAUCCGGGCUGGAACGCCGGCCGUCCGGAAGACGCCAUCAAGUUUGCCUCCGAGUUCAGUGACUACUUGUCAUCAGAGAUCGGACUGGAAGCAGUGCUCCGUGUCCGUGCCACCACUGGCCUGCGUAUGAACGCCUUCUACGGUAACUUCUUCAACAGAAGCUCUGAUCUUUGCGCCUUCCCCGCCUUCCCUCGCGAUCAAUGCUACGUCGUUGAGGUUGCCAUUGACGAGAACCUCACGAAGAACGUGGUGUGCUUGCAGACUGCCGUUCUUCACACAACCUGCAAUGGAGAGCGUCGCAUCCGCGUCAUGACGUUGGCUCUUCCGACGACUACAAACCUCGCCGAUAUCUAUGCCUCGGCUGAUCAGCAGGCAAUUACCACCUACUUCAGUCACAAGGCAGUCGAGCGUGCCUUGAGUGGCGGGUUGGAAGCUGCUCGUGACUCUCUCCAGAACAAGUUGAUUGAGCUCUUGCAAACCUUCAGAAAGGAGCUCGCCGGCGGCAGCAUGGGCGGCGGGCUACAGUUCCCCUCCAACCUGCGCGGCCUUCCCAUCCUCUUCUUGGGUCUCAUGAAGAAUGUCGGCCUCCGCAAGUCGGCUCAAAUCCCGUCAGACUUGCGAUCGGCAGCCCUCUGUCUGCUUUCGACGCUUCCUGUCCCUCUCCUCAUGCAAUACAUCUACCCCCGUCUCUACUCGUUGCACGACAUGCCCGACAACGCAGGCGUGCCUGACUCGGAGACGAGCCAAAUUGUGCUCCCGCCGCCGGCGAAUCUCUCGUCAGAAAGAUUUGCACCGUACGGUCUGUAUCUCAUCGACGACGGCCAAACGCAGUUCCUCUGGGCUGGCCGGGAUGCCGUGCCGCAGCUGUUGGCCGAUGUGUUUGGAGUUGAGGACAGGACCCAGCUGCGGGUGGGCAAGGGUGCUCUUCCGGAGCUGGAUAACGAUUUCAACGAGCGGGUACGGGCAGUCGUUCACAAGAGCCGGGACCACAAGUCCAAGGGAGUCGGCAGCAUCAUCCUGCCCCAUCUCUACAUUGUCCGAGAAGACGGAGAGCCGAGCCUUAAGUUGUGGGCGCAGACACUACUCGUGGAGGACAGAGCGGACCAGGGCAUGAGCGCGGCACAGUGGCUUGGUAUUCUUAGAGAAAAGGUUGUUACAUGAUUGGAGAAGCGGUACUAAGGGGGCACUUGCAAGUGGAAAGGUGGUAGCAUGUGGUAACUAGGUUUAUUUAGACCAAUGUCUCUAUCAAAACUAGAGAUCAAUACGCAAAACAAUAUUGGCCGAAUGAGUUUUACACGCCGCAACCCAAGCAUCUGCAUGUGACUGGGGAGACGAUGGACGAGCACAAAUGUGGAUAGCUCCGGUAUGUGGUUCCGGUAAUAGACGAUACCAGUGACUCGUGACUCGUGAGUGCGAGACCGUGAUAGGAAACCUUGCGUGUGUACCGGUAGCCCGUAGGAGAGUUAACUAGUCUCUCGGAACCUUUGGUCUCUAGGGAAAUGAGCUUGUCUCGGGACGUCGAGAGGCUUGUGGGGUUGGUUUGUGUCGCACUUGGUCGUUGGUGCUAGGCGUAGGUAAGCGCAGUCAGUUGGGAUGCCCAGCGGUCCUACCACACGAAUAGGUGAUGACAACCGCCGUAAGUCCAAAUAUGACCAUCCAUGCUACACUUACAGAUUGCCGGAGAGAGAAAAAAAAGACUGAGUGAUACUUGUCAAAACCGAGAAACCGGGUGGUAGUCGGCCGCUUGUAUCGCAACCGCCCCAACCGUCCUGUACUCUCCUUCGAUGGGUACCUUAUGGGAAUGGGG